AUGUAGUUAAGGCAGUAGCCUAAUUAAAGUCAAACUGCUGACAAAAAUUUCUAAUGUCUGGGUUGCCCAAUGGACAUAAUGUGCGCUUUUAGUUAAUGUGAGAGAGGGAACACCUUAUUUUGCUUCAAUUGUAUCUAGCAAAAACAUGAAAAUUGCAGCGACCACAAAUGGGACUAAUACGCAUGUUAAAUUACAAAUUGGACUGAAAUGAUUUAGGAUUUGAAAGAAAAAAGCUACAACGAACUAGAAAACAGUGCUGUUAUUACAGCUUACGAGUAGUUAGAGGUCAUGAAAAGUACGCUGGUCAAUGCACUUGAAAAUAUGUAAUCUAAAAUUGUCGAGUACUGUCCCUCCAUCAAGACUUAUGCAAGAGUUUAUAGUUAUAAACCUGAUUCUGAUUUUAUUACUAACUUUACACUUAGGAAAUCCCUUGUAUUCGACCCAGCGAAAUAGUCACUCAAGUUCAAGCAUCCUAUUAACUCAGAAAAUGUAGACUUUCCACACAUUCUUACCCGAAAGCUCAUCCUAUAAGCUUAAGAUCUCCAGAGGAACUUCAGUCACCAGUGCAAGAAAUUCCUCAUAGACAUCGAAGAAGUUGAUCCUUCCUUCUAGAAUUUUCGUAAUACUUUGCGUGGAGCAUCGAAGCUAGCUUUCAAAGACAUUAUAAAGAAUCAAAGAGCUGAAAAUUACAUAGCUGAAAAUUUAAACUAGAAGUAGUAAAAAGAGCAGAUAUUUGCUAAAGAGAAUCAAAAUAUGCUUCCUGACACUCCCAAAAUAGAAUAGUAGCAUGCUGAAGAUUCUGCUUCCUAUACACUUAGGAGUAGAAACAAAGGUUCAAGCAUGAAUCUUAGAACUCUGAAGCCCUACAGUAACAAUAUUAACAAUAAUAAUAGCAAUAGUAUCUACAAUUAUUCAAGAAGCCAAUCCAGCAGAAACUACAGCCAAGCCGUUGAAAAUAAGGAAAUCACCAAUGGAACAUCCAAUCUUCUAAAUAGAAAGAGAAGAAAAUUCUACAGAGAAGAAAAAGAAGAGAGAAAACUAAAGAUCCUCAAAGAUGCACUCAAAAUGGGAAACAUAAUGAAGGCUGCAAAAAUCCAUGGAGUCAGUGGUUCAGUCAUCAGAAAAUGGAGAAAAUUGUACUCGAGUCUCCCAGAAAUUCAAGAAUAUAAUAGAAUCUAUCAAGAAAACAGGUGUGCAUAAGAAAAAUACUCUGCAGCAGAAAAGAAGGUUAUUCUUAUGGAAUUAAAAUUAGGUAGCGUCAAGCAAAGUGUAGCAAAUAAAUAUAGAAUCCACCCUACGACUCUUAGAAAGUGGGAAAAAAAGUUUGGUAAAGAACUUGGUUUUAAAGAAUUUGCUGAUAGCCGAAAUGAAUCAAUUAGAGAAGAUCAUGAAGAUGGCUACUAUGAUGUAAAAGAAGAGUACUCAGAUGAAGAAGCUGAAGAUGGAGAUAUUGAUGGUGAUGAUGAUGAAGAUGAUGAUGAAAUUGAUAUAUAAAUUGAAUAAGAAGAUUUAGAAAAUGAAGAUGCUGAUGUAGAAGAUGAUGUCGAUAUUCUUGAUCACUAAUCUUUAGUUGAUAACAAAAACUCAAACAGCGUUCAGUUAAUAAAAGAUCCAAACAAUCAUAUUGAAAGCGUUAGCAAUAAUAGAAAUAAUAAUGUUAGCAGCAAUAAUGAAAAUAACAUAAAUAACAACAAUAAGAAUGACAAUAACAACAACAACAAUAACAGCAAUAAUAAUAAUUAACCUGAGAAUGCUAAAACAUAAAGUAAUAACCAAAGUAUAGAUGAUAAAAACAAAGAUAAUAACAGUCAGUCUUAUUCUUAAGAAAAACCCUAGAAAAAAUAGUAAUAACAGAGUAAUGAGUAGAGAAUGAGUCUUCGUACAAGAAGGUAGUAAACAGCAGAUUCAUCUGUUGACACAAAAAACUCGAGAGCUAAUUAAUCAAUAGAUUUGGAAGGAAGUAACAAUGAAGAAGAUAGUCAUGAGUCAGUGAGCCAAGAAGUUCCGAACAAAGAAUUGUAUAAGCCCCAUGCUAGAUUCAAUAAAAACUUUAAAAUUAAAGAAGAGGAUUAAAGUGAUUCAAACUCAAAGAGAAAAACAAGAAGCACAGUUAAUUAACAUUUAUGA